UAGCAAUCAGAGAAAACUGGCAACUCAGUCGACCGGGCCAAGUGUCAAAAGCGCGCAAACAGCUGUCAUCGGAGUGUUGUUGUGUUUGUGUGCAGCGCCCCGUUUCGGCCCUGUUUGGGGCUGCGCCGCGUCAAUCACCCCCGCGGGGGCUCCAAGGGGCGCCAGUGCGCGCAUGGGGGGACCGCCCCCCUGCAGGCGUCGCCCACUAUGGAAGGGGCCCUGGGCUGUUGGCUGAGCGCCACCCGCACCCCCGAGGGCGGCUGGCAGCUCCAAUGGCAAGCGGGCGACGGCAAGGAGGGCGACUUUGUCGCCCUCUGCCCUCUCGGCAGCGCCAGUGCGAGUGAAUGCGUCGCCCGGCAACCAGUGAAAGGGGCCGAGCGCAGCGCCAUGUGGCUACUGGACGCGCCCGACUGCGAACAGCUGCUGUGCUUUCGCUACUACGACGCGGAAACCGACACGUGCCUGGCGGAGUCCGAGGCGCUGCGCCCCGCGCCCGAGUGCAACGGCAUCGAGAACGGCGCCUUCAGGGACGACGCGCCCCCGGGCGCCAACGGCGCUAAGCGCAAGGUGCGCGCCAAGGGCGACCA